GUUAACGGACCAAGUUCUUUGUCAAGUGACUCGAAACGCGAAUCACUUUACAUCUAGUGACAAAUAUUCGAAAUGUGCUGGAAUUGGCUGCACUGACUGUUCACAACCGAUUGCAGCGUUCACGUGAACUAUUGCUAUCAAUAUUUUGUGCAUCUCGUGUGUAUGCAAUAUUGAAGUUACAAAUUGACAGGAAACCGGCAUUCGGAUUACUUUAUCACAAACACGGCAUAGUUCAUACGGAUAAUCGUAAACGUAGAUUCGAACCCCACACAUCAGGAUGUCGACCAACGUAACGACGAUUUUUAACUCGUUCCAAGAUUACCUCAAUACGGAACAAGAACUCCGUGAGGAAAUCCGAACUAUCGUCAAAGAGAUUGAACAAAGUGCAAGAGAAAUUCUGAUGGUACUUCAAAAUAUUCACAAUGAGAAUAUGUCCGAGGAAAACACUAGUAUGCUUAGUUUCGGAACACUGCGCUAAGGCGAGGUGUCUGUUUGAAGAUGUACGAAAGGGCUAUGCCAAACUAGCCGUUGUUGUUCCCGAGAAUCAAUACUACCGAUUUCAUGAACAUUGGCGAUUCGUCACGCAACGCUUAUGCUUCUUGGCUUCCCUCACCAUAUAUCUAGAAGUCAAGAUCCUUGUGCACAAGGACACAGUUGCAGAACUUUUGGGAGUAAAGAGCAAUCGAGAGGAAGGAUUUCACUUGGAUCUUGAAGAUUUUUUGAUGGGACUUCUGCAGCUGUCUUCCGAAUUGUGCCGGUUUGCUGUCAACAGCGUAACAAGGGGCGACUAUGAUCGACCAAUAGAAAUAUCCAGGUUCGUCAACGAAUUGAACGCAGGAUUCCGACUCCUCAAUCUGAAAAACGACUCUCUUCGUAAACGGUUUGACGCCCUGAAAUACGAUGUUAAAAAAAUCGAGGAAGUCGUAUACGACCUCAGCAUCCGAGGACUAAAACCUGCAGCACCGCCUGCUGCAGUGGAUUCGAAGUAGAAAGGCAAUUCAACUACCACAAUAUAUUAACUAUUACUGACGAUACAAAGUGAGAAGCUGCACCAGCAUAGGUUUCCCAGCAAGGGUAAACAUGUGGACACAAUUCAACUUGCUUUCGAUAAUCUCCUCAAAAAUCAUCGCGACGGAGUACGACAGUGCCCAAUUUUUGUAAU